CGUAUACACAACGCAUAUUUCUGAUUUCCUGGCGGAGGAUUCCGAUAAGUUUGAGCCUGAGCCUGACCCUUGGGAUCCUCUUCUGCUCCAAGGAUUGUGCGCCACCACGAAACUUGUGCCUCGGCAUUUGAAUUGCCUGCAGCCGGUCAAUCCUCGUUCCAUGAGCAACGCAACCGAGAAGCUCAUCCAUACGACUUUUUUUUUCAUCAAACAAGAAAGACUCCUCCAGACGAAUCGCCGCGCUCUUGGUCAUCGGAGUAUGCAGAUAUUGGUGGUCGAUUGUUAAAGCACCAUGAGCCUCAAACACGAGCUCGAGCACCCAAAGAAACGCCGUAGGCGUGAGAUUUCCCGACGACCAUUGUCGGCUCGUCUGGCAUUCGAUGACAGUGUCAAGGGAAAUGCUGCUUUUGUACCACAGGGGCUCUGGACUCAGCUCGCAGGUGCCGACGAAGACCUUGUCUCUCCUGCAUUCGUAGCCCUCACUCCGUGGUCCCCUUUGCACACCGAGCUGCAGGAGUCAAUAUGGACGAUCCUGCCUGUACAAGAGAAUGCCUCACAGCCUGAGCAUGAGCCCGCUGGACAACCCGAUGUAAUCAGACUCGCUCCCACAGCUUUCGCUUGCCAGUCGCUUCUCAAAACAUACACUGCCAUCGAUCGCGACCGUCAUCCCGGACAUGUCCCCAAGUCGAUAGAAGUGCGUGUCAUCCCGACGAAGCCUCUUACACUCGAGACGAUAUACGUAUCGGUUGAGAAAGAUCUACUUCAAAAGGUGGACGAUAUUCAGGCAAAAUUCGGGGGUGGCUUCCAAUAUGGAAAGACUUCCAGAAAGUCAACUAUGGCGAAUGGAGUUCUGCAGAACGUCCCUGCACACAUGUCUCGUAUGACGGCUCUUGUGCGAGAAGCAUUCUCUCAGAUACCCAUCGUUCACUCUGGGGAUGUGUUUUCCUUGCCGCUUCCCGCCCACCCCAUUACCCACGUCCGACCGGCGCCUGCCAUCGUUGUGGACUGCGAGCCUGUCUCCCAAGGACGAAUAUCCGAGAAGACCAAAAUAGUAUUGAUUCAGAGCGGCUCGUCUCAAGAGAAGGCCUUGAAGAAGCUAGCACCAGUGCAGCCCAUUAUUGAAGAGUCAUUGGAAGACACCGCGGAGGACACGUCAAACGAUCAGUUCUUCUCUGCCGCCGAGGACAGGCAGACAGAAACUGGAUCCGAUUCUGGUGACAUAUCUGACGAGCAUUCUGAAAGUGAUGACGCGGCACAAGACAACAGCGAUGAGGAUUCCGACUCGAUGGACGACAUGAUUUCCCUCAGUGCACCAGGCCUGCCUCCUCAGCAGGCCGGGACCCUGUCAGCAAUGACUGCUGCCACACCACGACCCGGCGGGAAAAGGGCCAGUGGGAUGCAUACUCCUGGGUCUCUGUACUCGAGUUUCACCUCGACCACCGCAAGAGCCGGCAACCGACCAGGAAAAGUCUUCCGAACCGAGGCUCUGCUGCGCAAAGUUCCCGUCGAACUGAUGCAUCCAAAACCCAGUUUAGACGAAGACGAGGAGUCCUUUGUUUUUAUUGACACGAGCAUCUUGGCCAAAAUUGGAUGUUUCUCUGGCGAUUGGGUGAGGAUCGAAGUGGCGAAAAAUGUGAGUCUGCAUGGCUUCGCACCUUCGGUCAUGAAGUCUCUCAGCGGUCUCGCAGGCGAAGAGGAAUCAGAUUGGCGAACAGUGAGGGUUUUCGGCAUCUCAGGCCUAUCAAACCAGCAGCCACGAUAUGCGGUCGACAAGAAAGGCGACAGAAGGUCAAGUCUUUCUCAAAGAGAUUUAAUGAUGCCUCUGUCGCCCGCCAUCUACCUUUCGCCAAUUUUGCUUGCCAACUUGGGUAAUGCACAGUUCGUCAAAGUAGGAGCUUUACCAUCACCACCCAAAACUUCACAGCUGCCACGAUCUGGGACUCCCAAGUCGCCUCCCUUAGCCAAAGAGGUGCAAUUCUCGAAGAUUGCCGACCCGAUAACGACUAAUCCAUCCUUACAAUCCACGCUGUUCUCCUCCCUCAAACAUUACCUAGAAUCCAAAAAGCGCAAGUUAAAGAAGGGAGACUUGAUCGCGGUACCUGUGGAUCAAGAGUUGGGAAAAGUCACAUCCUCCCCAGCAUCGGACGAGAAGGAAGGAGAUGAUGAAACUAUCGCAAAGCUUAACGCUCCAAGUCCAACUGGGUCUCGUCGCUUCGCAUUGGCUUGGUUUUGCGUCGAGUCAAUUGAGAUUGAACAGAAUGAUGGAGCUCACGAGCGAGACGAAACUGCAUGGGGAGGUGUUGCUACUCUUGAUACCUCUCUUGCUCAUGUCUCACAGAGCGGCAAUAGUGUUCGAUCCGUGUCAUAUUCAACUGAUACUUGGACCCGGUACUGGUUUGGCAUACAGAGGCUUAGGCGUGGAGUCACGCACAAGGUCGACCACAUUUCCACAGCGGCCGACAUUCCUCCAUCGGAGAGGCUACCCUUGGAGAAGAAACUAUCAGGGUUAAUGUCGGCUGCUGUGAGCAAUCGUGCGGUGAGCCUAGGCCUUCCCCCUCUAGUGAUACUCCUUCAUUCGACACAACGCCAGUCAGGCAAAUCUUACAUUGCCAAUUCAGCUUGUUCAGCUUGUGGGAUGCAUACUUUUCCUAUAUCUGCACACGAUCUGCUUUCAGAGAAUGCUUCAACGACUGGUGGUGGUGAUGUCAAGACCGAAGCCUUACUGAGGACGCGUGCCGAACGUGCUCUUUCUGGAGGCUAUCAACAAACUGCGCUCUUAAUCCAGCAUAUCGAUGCUUUGACGGCAGAUCGAAUGGUGCCCACACUCCAAGAGAUCAUUUCCUGGUCCCGUGUCUUGAUUGCGACAACAUCCAAAAUUGACGACAUACCUCAAGGUAUCCGAAGUCUAUUCACCCACGAGUUUGAAGUGGCAGCACCGGACGAGGCUGCAAGAGAAGUUAUUCUACGAAAUACAUGUGUCGCUGACUCUACGCCUCUGUCAAGCACUGUUAACCUCAAAACUGUAGCGCUUCAAACCGCUGCACUAGUGGCCGGCGACCUUCUUGAUGUUGUCAAUCGUGCUUCACUUGCGCGGCAAUCCCGACUCCUUUCGCUUGCAGAUUCUCAAUCUUGUGGUCUCUCAGAUAUCUACCUCGCUGGAGGUGAUGCCGCUGCAUAUCUCCUCUCUUCUGACUUUAACCGUGCGAUUGCUGCUGCUCGAGCUACCUUCUCCGACGCGAUUGGUGCACCUAAAAUCCCGACAGUCACGUGGGCCGAUGUUGGUGGUCUAUCUUCGCAGAAGGAUGCUAUCAUGGAAACAAUCUCGCUUCCUCUCACACAUCCAGAACUGUUUGCAAAUGGCAUCCGGAAACGAUCUGGAAUAUUAUUCUACGGUCCUCCUGGAACCGGAAAGACUUUACUUGCCAAGGCGAUCGCCACAGAAUUCAGUCUCAACUUCUUCAGCGUCAAAGGGCCUGAGCUGCUGAACAUGUACAUUGGUGAAUCUGAAGCAAAUGUUCGCCGAGUCUUUCAGCGCGCCAGGGAUGCACGCCCCUGUGUCGUCUUCUUUGACGAGCUUGACUCAGUGGCUCCCAAACGUGGAAACCAAGGCGAUAGUGGUGGAGUGAUGGACCGGAUUGUGUCACAACUUCUCGCCGAACUGGAUGGGAUGUCGAGCGGUGGUGGUGGUGAGGAUGAAGAUGGCAACUCAACGUCAAACGCAGGAGGGGUGUUUGUCAUCGGUGCUACCAACAGACCUGAUAUUCUUGACCCAGCUUUACUCCGACCUGGCCGAUUUGACAAGAUGUUGUACCUCGGAGUGGCAGACUCCCAUGAUCAACAACUAACCAUCCUCAAAGCUCUCACACGGAAAUUUACACUUGCGCCAGAUGUUGACCUCUUGCGUGUUGCCAGCCGACUACCUUUUACGUAUACAGGUGCCGAUCUGUAUGCAUUGUGCAGUGACGCUAUGCUUAAAGCCAUCACACGGAAGACACACGCCGUCGAUGAAAAAGUUCAGCAGAUCAGCAAAAUACGUGGCGAGGCUAUCAGUACAGGAUACUUCUUCGACCAUCUGGCCACGGAUGAGGACGUGCAGGUUGUUGUGGCCGAAGAGGACUUCGUUGCUGCACAGAACGAGCUCGUUGGUAGUGUGAGCAAGAAAGAACUGGAACAUUUCGAACGGAUUCGUGGUUUGUUCGAGGAGCAAGACAUCACCGUCGUUCCUAAAGACGGGAACGACACCAACGGCGUUCCUGCAGGGGUCAGAAAGGCAGAAGAAGCGAGAUUAUCCAUGCGACCUCCACAGCGCCCGCCUCCCCCGAUCCCAGUUGGAGAGGAUCGGUCAAGUUUUGGACAGGCUACGCAACAGACGGUACCAAAUAAAGGCAAAGGCAAGCAAAGAACAAACGCGUCGUCGAAUGUUAGCUCUUAUCCCGCAAACACAAACACAUACAAGCAAGCCGCGAGAAUUGGGAAUCCUGACUCUGGCAAUUCUUCGGACGCAGAUGAUGAUUAUGGAGUGAGCAUGUCUCAUUUGAACGGAUCAGCUGUCAAUGGCAUUACGGGGGGCGACAUCAAAGGCAAAGGGAAGAGUGUACGGAACGAAAACUUGACACCUACGGGGGUGCCGGAUGGAUUUCUCGAUGAUGUGGAAGGUGACGAUGAGGGCUUGUAUGAUGACUGAAGUAAUGAGGUGAAAAGAUACGACCCCCUUUUUUGAUGGAAGCGAUGAUACAUUACAAUAAGCUUCUCUUUUUGCCUUGUUUUGGGCGACACUGACAUAGUUUGAACUGCCGAGCGGGAGAAAGAGCAACUACAAUUUUUGGUCUGGGGCACAUCUUACAUAUUCCAAGUAGAAUAGUCGUGUCGUCUUGUGGGCGCAAAUAAGGAGGGAGGGAAAAGCAUUGAGCAUGAACUAUUCUACUUGAGCAGAGCACAUCAGGAC